AUGUCUGACUCGAAAGCGCUGGUAAAGAAGGGGGAGGACAAUGAGGUUGAAUACAUGAUCAAGCCGCAGACCUUGGUGCCAACGCUUAACACCAGCGACUGGCCCCUGCUGCUGAAGAACUACGACAAGAUGCUGGUGCGCUCCGGCCACUUCACGCCCAUUCCCAACGGCUCCUCGCCCUACAAGCGCGACAUCAAGUCCUAUGUUUCGAGCGGUGUCAUCAAUCUGGACAAGCCGUCGAACCCCUCGUCACACGAAGUCGUCGCUUGGCUCAAGCGGAUGCUCCGUGUUGAGAAGACUGGCCACUCCGGUACCCUCGAUCCCAAGGUCACUGGCUGCCUGAUUGUCUGCAUUGACCGCGCCACCCGCCUCGUCAAGGCUCAGCAAGGUGCCGGUAAGGAGUACGUUGCCGUCGUCCGCUUCCACGACACCAUCCCCGGCGGCGAGCCGGCUUUCGCCAAGGCGCUCGAGACCCUCACCGGUGCCCUGUUCCAGCGCCCGCCCCUCAUCUCGGCCGUCAAGCGCCAGCUGCGUAUCCGCACGAUCCACGAGAGCAAGCUCAUUGAGUUCGACAACGACCGCCACCUCGGCGUGUUCUGGGUGUCUUGCGAGGCCGGCACCUACAUCCGUACUCUCUGCGUGCACUUGGGCCUGCUCCUUGGCGUGGGCGCCCACAUGCAGGAGCUCCGCCGCGUGCGCUCCGGUGUCAUGUCGGAGGACAACGGCUCGCUCGUCACGUUGCACGAUGUCCUCGACGCCCAAUGGCAGUACGACAACGGUGGCGACGAGUCGUACCUGCGCAAGGUUAUCCAGCCGCUCGAGACGUUGCUCUGCACGUACAAGCGCCUUGUCGUCAAGGACUCGGCUGUCAACGCCGUCUGCUACGGCGCCAAGCUUAUGCUGCCCGGUCUGCUGCGGUAUGACGCUGGCAUUGAUGCCCACGAGGAGGUCGUCCUCAUGACCACCAAGGGCGAGGCCAUCGCCAUUGGCAUUGCCCAGAUGAGCACCGUCGAGAUGUCCACCUGCGACCACGGUGUUGUUGCUAAGGUCAAGCGCUGCAUCAUGGAGCGCGACUUGUACCCGCGCCGCUGGGGCCUCGGUCCCGUGGCCAUGGAGAAAAAGAAGCUCAAGGCGGACGGCAAGCUGGACAAGUUCGGCCGGACCAACGAGGCCACCCCGGCCAAGUGGCAGCAGGGCUACACCGACUACGGUGCCGCCGAUGCCGCCGCCGCUGCUGCCGCCAGCGCUGCUGCUGCUCCUUUGGAGGCUGCCUCCCCCCAGAAGCAGAUUGAGGCUGCCCCGGCCACGGAGGAGAAGGCGGACGAGGAGAGCAAGAAGCGCAAGAAGCACGAGGGCGAGACGGCCGAGGAGAAGGCGGAGCGGAAACGGUUGAAGAAGGAGAAGAAGGAAAAGAAGGAGAAGAAGAAGGGGAAGGAGGCGGCGGACGAGAGUGAUUAA